CGCGUUUCGACAGCACCCGUGGACGAUGGCGACGAAGAAGAGCCUGUCGACCCGCGACAGUAUGCUCGAGUCUGUGACCGUCAUCGUGGCAGACGAUGUGGACGACUUGGUUGAAGACGAUGACAUUGACGAUGAAGAAGACGCCCAGAAGACGAUCGUCGAGCUUCUGGGUCAACGAAAGUUCGCGAUGGUAAAAAAGCGCCUCCUAACCCACAAUUUCACGGACGAAGAUCUCAUGACGCUGGAUGAAGACCACGACUCCCUCCUCGACAACGCUGUGCUCCACAACAGCUACGAGAUUUUGUCGUUGCUCUUGGAACACUCGAACUACAAGCUCAUUCCCAAGUACGCGGGAAAACCGUUGAACUUGGCUGCACAGCGCGGAGCCAACAACAUGUUCCAAUUGCUCGUCAAGACCUUGGGAAAGGAUGCAGAUUUCACGUACCCCGGUCCCGAGGAUGGAGAUGGAGAUGUUGCAUUGCAUCAUGCAAUUCGGAACUCGUCCAUCGAGAUUGCCGAGACCCUGAUCAAAGCUGGAGCUGCAGUGGAUGUUGAAAACUUUGCUGGUGAAACACCACUUUUCAUGGCUGUCCAAACUUGGCAAACCCGCGGCAUUGAGCUCCUCCUUUUGGCUAAUGCUUCGGUCCACCACAAGUCACACAAUGGCCGAACUCCUUUGCAUGCCGCGGCUGCUUCCGGUUACAACGAUGGCGUCAAGCUCCUUCUCAUGGCUGGCGCUGAAAUCGAUGUGAAGGACGAUGAUGGCAAGUAUCCUGUUCAAGACACAUAUGACGAUAGUGUUCGGGCGACACUUCGAACGGAACGAAUGACCCGAGUCAAGAACCCAGCCCACAUCAUGGCGCGUAAUGGCGACGAAGACAGUUUGAACCGGUGGUUGAGUGAAACUAUUGCCAAAGGUUCAGGUGUCCCCCAUGUUUGGAAGGGGCAGUACCUUCGCGACGGUGCGUGGAGCGAUCUCGUCGUCAAGGUGAAAUUGGUGCGCACCAACAAUUCGCAAUCGUACAAGUGCGUGGGACAAUACCAAGACAACGACGGCACGUUUUUCAUCACGGGAAAGUGGGAAUAUGGACGUAUUGAUGUCAAGAAAACGUAUGCGGACGAUGGCUACACAAUCGAAUACGGUGGUGACUUGGACGAAUCGACGGGUGAAUUGACUGGCGAGUGGAAAGCUGGGGACUUGGAAGGCGAGCUCAAGCUUAACAUCCCUCUUUUCAACUGCGUGGUUUGCGACAAUGCCAAAGUCCCCAACGAACAAGAGAAGUGCUUUGGUUGUGAGAAUCCUGAGUCUCAAUACUUCUGUGUGGACCUCAAUAACGGAGAGGAAUUGCAAUCCUUGUGGAUUACUCUCACGCCGGACGUUGAAGCAAAUGUGUAUCGUGUUGGUGGCAGUGGCUAUGACAACGAAGAGUAUUACCUCAGUGGGGUGUGGAAAGAUGACGAGUUGAAAUUUUCCAAGCAUUCCCGAAAAUCCUCUUCCAACUUUCACUUGAAUUAUAACCACGAUACCAACAAGCUCGAUGGCUCGAUGGUAGACGGCGCGGGUGCGACGAAUAGUGCCAAAAUCGACUUUGAGCUCUCCACUUGCACGGAUUGCGACGCCAAGGUACCCCUGGCCAACUCCAAGUGUUUCAACUGUGCCAAGCCAUCCCUGUACAACUGGAAAGGUCAAUCCCGCGUAGUGUUCAUGAAGGGCGAUGACCAGUCCCAAGUUGAAGACAACGAUGAACUAGAGCAUGCAAAAGACGACAACGACGCAGACGAUGUUGAGGAACACGAAUGGCGUGAUAUCGGCUUCCACAUGGUUCUGGAGCGUGGUGCUGCCCAAAAUUGCUUUCGUUUGGUUGGCGAAGGCAAGGAUGAAGGCGAAUUAUUUGAUGCAGUUGGGACGUGGGAAGGCAACACGAUUCAACUCACCAAGAUUUAUUCUGAUGGUGUGACGGAAUACGAAGGCACGUUCGACGCUGACACAAACGAAUGGACGGGAACGUGUACGCUGAGCAACGGCAACAAGGAAGAGUUCCGAGUGACGAUUCCAAUGUUUUCGUGCUUCUUGUGCGAAAGCCCAGUGCCAACCGUGAAUGAUUUGUGCUUGAACUGCAACAUCGCUGUUCCACAAUGGACUCCUCAGAACGGCAAGAUGGUGAAUGCUUGGGUUGGACGAUCCCUCGAAGGACGUGGAGAAUGGAAAGACGAAGAAUUCUGUGUCAAAGUCCUUCGGGAUCCAGCCAUGGAGGCGUAUCGGUUUACUGGCUUUGAAAAGAAUGGCGAGGGUUUUUUUGCCAUGACUGGUACAUGGAAGGACGAAGAAAUUCAUAUGGAGCGCGUCUAUGAGAAGACUAUUGUCAAAAUGGAUGGCAAGUACGAUGCUGCCAAAGCGGAAUGGAUUGGUACAGCCGUAUCUACAGACAGCGAUGGCGACACGAGCAACAGUCGAUUCGUGUACAAAAUUCCGCUGUGGACAUGCUUGAAAUGCUCGAAAGCAGUGCCGAUUGAGAACUCCGUGUGCUUCACGUGCGAUCGAUCUCGUCGGAUGAACACGCACGGACGCACAGCUUUGAUGCAUGCUGCAGAUUUCGGUCGGUCUAGCAUUCUCGAACAGAUUCUGUUGUACAUGAACUUCGCCGAUUUCUGCACCAACGAUUAUGAAGGGAAAACAGCGCUAGACAUUGCGCUUUCUCGAAAGUUAACUUGUGCCAACAACUCGUAUCAUCGUACAAACGACGAAACUCUGACGUGUGUGGAGCUCCUGCGCCGUAGAAGCUGCCUUCAAAUCAAACCCACGGCAAUUCCUGACACCUUCGCAUGGGACAAAUUGUGCUGCGGUGACUGUGAACAAUCGGGGGGGAACUCAAAAGAAAAAGAAGUGAGCUUGUUCGCGCUUGCCAAGUCCAAAAACUGGGAUGAAUUGGAAGCUCAAUUGCAAAGCCCUUUGGAAGGUGUCAUCCUGAAUGCACAAGAUCCCGACUCUGGGUCCACGGUAACUCACAUCGUGUGUCAAGAGGGAAAGCACAAGAUUCUUAAGCUGCUCUUGGAUCAAUCUGCUCUGGAUUUGGACAUUUUCAACAACGAAUAUUAUUACCCACUCUACGAAGCGAUGAAGAAGGACCGUGUCAGCUGCGUCCAGUUACUUUUGCAUCACGGUGUUCCCCCCACCGCAUUGGAGGCGUACGAGACGGACGAAUAUCAACUCACUCUGUUGAACCCGAAGGCCAGAUGCUACAAGUACAUUCAUGACAGGAUCACGUUGAUGGGACGGGAAGACCUCAAGGAUUACUACCGCGCCAAUGUGCCCAGCGUCCGGGUAGCUGAAAAACACCGACAGGAUAAACAAACUGCGUUGCAUGCAGCAAUUAUACACUCUCAGCUACCUCCGACGAUUGAAUUGCUGGCUCAAGAUGAUCUCAUUGAUGUCGAUGCCAAAGACAAGAACGGGAACACGGCAAUGAUGAUUGCAGCCCGUGGUGAAUUCGAAGAUGCCCUGGAAUACAUCAAAAUCUUGAUCAGCCACGAAGCUAGUAUUGACGAGGCCAACAUGCACGGGAAAACAGCGUUGAUGAUCGCCUCAGUUGCUGGUCAUGUUGACAUUGUCGAGUUUUUGCUCCAGUCCAUGGCUGACAUUGACAUUCAAGACUUGGACGGACGCACAUGCUUGGAUCUUGUGAACAAGUGCGACCUGGGGACAUCAUCCAAGACGAAGGUUGUUACCUCCCACAGCAAAAUCAAGGAUCUCCUCACCAAGGAAGUGCAAGUGCGAGAGAAUUCGGUGGAAUUCCGCGAUAAGUUGGCCAAGAGCUUGAUGGGAAUGUCUUCGGAGGAAGCAUUUUUGCAAGGAGGAUUUCGAAAAGCCGUCAAUUGCAAUCCAUCGUUGGCCCGCACGUUCUUGGAUGACUCAGUCGUGAUCAGCAGACACGAUGUGGAGUUUUCUCAGCUCGAAGAAAUCUAUGGUGAAGACAAUGAAACAAGCACUCUGAAUGCCCUCCUCAACCUGAAGUCGGACGACCCGGACUAUAUCCUGGAGGCGCGCCAGCAGUGCUUAGAGCACAUUGUGAUACGCCGCAUGCUGCAAAUCAAGUGGGAAUUGUUUGGCCUGCGCAAGUACAUCGAGCAGCUCAUGAUGAACUUUCUCCUGCUGGUUACUUCCACUGUGUCCUCUGUGGUGUUUAAAGACAAGAUGGAUAUCCAGAAAGGCCCGGUGAUCAUCGGUGUCACGGCAGUUGUCCUCACUAUUGUCACGUUCAUCUUUGUCCAACUUCUCCGUCCACGCUCUUUUUGGUGUCUGGCGCGGUACUUCCACGACGGCAGCUUCCGUUUUGAGCCAAGCAUGGAGAUUCCAGAGCUCUCCGAGAAGAAGCGCCGAGCGCGAACGCUCUUGUUUCAAGUCGUGUUACUGCUCACAGCUGCAUUGGUGGUCCCGAUUCUGCUCUUGAUGAGUUUGUUUGGCGUGGACAAGUAUUUUGCCACCUUCAAUAACUUCGUGCUGUGGCUGACCGUAUCGUUCUUCCUCAUCACGGAGCUGCAAGAACUGCGCGCGGGGGUCCUCAAGUACUUUGAGUCGAAUAUCAACAAGGCCCAGAUGACGAUCUACAUCGUCAUCUUCUUCGUGUUUGUGCCCAUGAAGCUCGAGUUCUUUUAUGUUGACAAGACUGUUCAAAUCGGCAUUGGCAGCUUCAUCACGAUCAUGUUGUGGGUGCUGACCGUCCAGUUCCUCGAAGUGGUGCCGUCGGCGAGCUACCUAUUGCCCAUGAUGUCGCGGUUGUUGACAGACGUGUGGAACUUCUUCAUCCUAUUUGGCGUUUUUCAAAUGGGCCUCACAAUCACAUUUUACCAACUGUUCAAGCACCAGAAUGAUGAAGCGUUCGGGACCAUCACGCAGUCGUUCAUCACGACAUAUUUCGUCACUUUUGGCGAGUUGCCGCUGGAUUCGCUCAAGUCGUUUGGCGGGGACGACGACUUUCUGUCUACUUGCGCCGUGGUCCUCAUUAUGUUCCACGCCGCCGUUGUAGUGAUUCUCCUCUUGAACGUGCUCUUGGCAAUGAUGAACAAGACGGUCGACAGCGGGUUUGAAAAGGCCAAGACGGAAGCGUUGGCGAGUUAUGCUCAGUGCAUCUUGCGCCUGGAAGAGUCGAUGAAUUUGAACAAGGACGAGACGAUCGAGCUGAUCCAUUUCAAGAGCGGCGAUGGCGAGUUGGUGCUGAACCCGAUCUUUCACGAACACUUGGCCAAAUCCGACAUUCAAAUACCGGACGAACAAGAAGCUGGCAUUGAAGCGUACCAAAAGACGAAGAUCGCGUGGUUGGAUACGAUGAACUCGCUCAAGUCGAGCACCUUUGCCUCAUUCGAAUCUCUCCGCAAGGGAUUGAACCACGUACAACAUUUUGUGACGUUCGACGUGCCAGCGACUCUGGAAGUCGAGUUUGCGUUGAUCCAAAAGGUGCAGACUCAACUCGAUGAGUACAUUGAAUAUGCCAAGAAGACUCGAGGCCAAGAUGUUGACAAUUCUCUCAAGAAGCUCGAUGCUCUUGUGAAGAAGACCUUGUCGACGUUUGAGGACAACAUGCUGCGAGUGUGGAACGACAAAAAACAGUCCCAAGCGCACAAACAAUGCACUCUGUUGCACCAAAUGACGUACAAGAAGUCAAUUGGUGAAAUUCUCAAGACCCUCAGAACCGAGAUCCAGUCCAACAUUGAGAAGGAAAUCGCUGAUGCCAAGGCGCGGGCUGCCCCAGAGCCAAAGCUGAGUCAGAUCGUGGAGCGUUUUGACGCUGUUGAUGCGACGUUGAAGGAGCACAAAGAAGAGAAAGAGAACGUGGACACGAAUGAGGCAGACAAGGCGCAAGGACUUGUCAAGAAGUUGGACGAGGUGACCCAUCAAAACGAAGUGUUGGCGUCCAAAUUGGACGAGGUGACUCAGCACCACGAAGAAAUGUCGACCCAAGUCGAGGCCAUGUCGGAGAAGCUCGAAGCGUUGAUGGCUGCCAUUUUGGAGUUGAAACACUAACCAGGCAUUGCCUGUCCAUUGUAUCUACAUGUACGUUUUUGAGAA